GCAACAACCACACCAACCCACACCACAAAAUGGCGACACCAGCAACGCCAGCGGCGUUCGGGACCCAGCUCGCCAACGUCCGCCGGCUCUCGGCCUCGGGCCAAGCGCACCAGGCCAAGCCUGCGCAGCUGCUCCUCGCGGUCGAGGCGUCGAUCGGCGCGUCGCUGCCCAACGCCGCCCUGCCGUACUCUGCCACGGCCUACUUUUCCGCCUUGCUGCAAGUACUCGAGAAGGCAUGCUCCGACGACAUUGCCGAGGGCGAGAGCGGCGAGGAGGUCGCCGAGAGCGAGAACAUGAGUGCCGGCGCGCUCCUCCCCGCCGUUCUGUACCUCCUCGCGAUCGUCGUGCCCGAGACGCCGGUCUCCGUCGUGCUCUCCAAGCUGUCGGCGACCCUCGAGCCCCUGCUAAGCCUGUACGACACGGCGCUCGCGCACCCGCCUGCCCUCCGCUCCCUGGUGCAGGUGACGACCAGCCUGCUCCUCGCGGCGUCGACCAAGCCGUCCGUCCUCACGUCGUCCCCGCUGCUCAAGCGCAGCUGGAACUACCUCCUCGAGCUCAACCUCGACCCGCGGCCCAAGGUGCGCCAUGUCGCGCAGGAAGGCGUGCGCAAGGUGCUCACUACGCCUGUGCCCCCGCGCCUCACGCCCGGCGCGCACCCUUACCUCCCGCGCGCGCGCGACUGGGUCACUGCCGCCCUCGAGGAGGAGCUUGCCGGCGGAAGCAGCAAGCAGAAGGGCAAGAAGGCGCGCUUUGCCGACGCCGAGGAUGCAGAGGGCAAGAAGGCCAUCUGGGUCGUACAGGGCCUGCGCGGCUGGGUCGCCGUCUGGGGAGACGAGCAGCUCUCCCAGCUCUGCUCGCAGCUCCUCUCGCUGCCCCCGCUCGCACACCUCACGACCCAGGUCUACUCGCUCCUCGCGCACCUGCUCUCCCCUCCGCCGGCCGACUCGGUCUCGGCCCAGCCGGCGAUCAUGACCAACCUGCCCACUAUCGCCAACAGCCUCCUCGCGUCGCCGCCCGAGAUUGGCAGCGCCGACAUCCCGGCGUAUCUGUCCGCCGUGUCCAACACGCUCAUCAAGAUGAGCCUCCAGGACCCGGCCAACGUCCCGGCAUACCUGCCCAAGGUGUUCAACCUGCUCUUCAACGACCUCCUCCUCGCCCCGUCGGCGCCCAAGGCCGUGCUCGACGCCGCCGCGGACGCCAUCUCGAACGGCCUCAUCCGCUUCUGUGUCUCGGACGACGCGAUCAUCGCGACCAUCGCCUACCUCCGCCACGGGAGCCACGCGCCCGGCGCAAGGAAAAAGCAGAAGACGCCAUUCCUCACCCGUGUGCUCGCCGCCGUCACUGACGCGCUCGAUGCCCACGCGCUCCGCAUGCCCUACCUCUUCACCAUCCUCACCGCCCUCGUCUCGCGCCUCCGCCUCCGUGUCACGCCAGGCGAGCCCCAGAUUGACGCCACCGGUACCGCGCCCACCGCUGCCGAGGAGCUCCUCCUCCCCCUCAUCACCGAGGUCGGAGACCUCCGUGUCCAGAAGGGCUUCGAGGCCAAGGACAAGGUCGACGAGGUCGUCGGCAUGGCCAUUGAGGUUAUCGGUGUUGAGGGCGUUCUCCGUGCUCUUCCCCUCAACAUUGAGCCUGAUGCCUCCGGCCGCACCCCCCAGCCCGGCCGCGCUCACCUCCUCCCCCUCAUCCGCUCACGCACGACCAACGACUCGCUCGCCUUCUUCGCCGACUACUUCCGCCCCCUCUCGGAGCGCAUCUUCGAGCGCAAGGUCGCGGCCGAGGACGCCGAGAAGGCCGCCGAGGCCAAGAUCUGGGAGGUUAUCGUCGGCCAGAUCUGGGACUGUCUCCCUGGCUUCUGCGAGAUGCCGCGCGACUUGAAGGAGGGCCUUACCACCCCCUUCCUCAGCCUCAUCACCAACCUCCUCUACACCCAGCCCCUGCUCCUCUCCCCUCUCCUCCGCUCGCUCUCCCAGGUCGUCAAGUCGACGCAGCAGCUCGCCGCUUCGACGACCGACCCCGCCGAGCUCCGCAAGCAGUUUGGUAUCGACCAGGCCGCGGCCGCCGCCAACAUCGAGGUCCUCAAGGGCCUCGCCAAGGACAUGGUCUCGGUUCUCCUCAACGUGUUCAGCAAGCUCGCUCGUGAGCAGCGCGGCAUGGUCGGCGAGGUCAUCGGCACCUGGGUCAGCAUCAUGUCCGAUGAGGACAUUGUCGAGACGUACAACACUGUCGCGUCGCACCUCUCGGCCAACCUCCACACCACGACUACCCCCGCUGAGGGCGCCUCGCCCAUCUCGCACACUAUGCUUGACCUUCUCAUCAUCUUUGUCCCCCACCUGCCUGCCGCCCAGUCGAGCGCGCUCUUCGCCGCCGUCUCGAACAAGGAACUGCUCGAGCACAUCGACGCGACCGUGCAGAAGAAGAGCUACCGUGUCCUCAAGCGCCUGCUCGAGGCCGGCAAGCUCGGCCCCGCGGCAUCGGGCGACAACCUCGAGGGCUUUGUCGAGCGCCUCAACGAGGUCGCUGCCGGCGUCGGCCCCGGUGCUCAGCGUGACCGUCUCCAGCUCCUUGCCACCCUCGUGGACGUCAUCCCCAAGGACCGCCUGCACCUCAUUCCUGAGAUCCUCUCCGAGGCCACUCUCGGAACAAAAGAGGUCAACGAGAAGGCGCGUGACGCUGGCUUUGACCUGCUCGUUGUCAUGGGCCACAAGAUGGCCCAGGGCGGUGAGGUCAAGCAGUCUGUGCCCGUCGACGACGACGAGGACAACGAGGAGAUGGCCGAGAACACGGUCGAGGCCAACGUCCAGGAGUACAUCACCAUGGUCGCCGCUGGUCUGACCGGCACCACGCCCCACAUGAUUAGUGCCAGCAUCAACGCCCUCUCGCGUCUGCUGUUCGAGUUUAAGGACGAUGUGUCCAAUGAGCUCAUCUCGGAGUUGGUUGCCACUAUUGUCGUCUUUGUCGGAUCCAAGAACCGCGAGAUUGUCAAGUCGGCUCUUGGCUUCAUCAAGGUCGCCGUUGUUGCCCUGCCCGUCGAGACCGUUGAGCCCCACCUCAACACCCUCGUCCCUGCCCUCCUUGGUUGGGUUCACGACCACAAGAACCACUUCAAGUCCAAGACGGUGCACAUCUUUGAGCGCAUGAUCCGCAAGUUUGGCUUUGACACUGUCUACCGCCACGCACCCGAGGGCGGCGAGCGCAAGGUCCUUGACAACAUUCGCCGCAGGAAGGAGCGUGCCAAGAGGAAAAAGGCCAACGCCGACGAGUCGGACGGCGAGGACAAGCCCAAGACUUCGUCGGGCAACGCCUUUGACGACAUUCUCUACAACUCGGACUCGGACCUCGGAUCCGACAAUGAGGAGGAGCGCGCUGUCAAGCCGCUGUCCAAGCGCCAGCGCAAGGCCCAGGCCGCGGCCGAGGCUGCCGCUUACAUUCGCCACGACGGUGACGAGCCGAUGGACCUGCUCUCGCGCUCCAUUGCCGGCGGCAUCACGCGUGCCGACCCUGCUGCGGCUGCACGCAAGCGCAAGCCUGGACAGGACGCUGCACACUUCAAGACGGACAGGAGUGGCAAGAUUGUCAUCGAGGAGUCUGGCGAUGAGGACGACGGCGACGACCACAUGGCUUCCGACCGUGCUGCGGGUGCUGGCAACGCGUUCUUGUCAGCGAUGCAGGGCACGGACGGCGCCACACGCGACGCGCGCGGCAACCUCAAGUUCAACAAGAACACGAAGCGCUCGCGCGACGAGGACCGCGAGGACGAGGCCAUGGACCUGGACGAGCUUAUUGGCGACCGGCCAAAGAAGGCGCCCAAGAAGAAGCAGCAGGUGCAGAAGCUUGGCGAGGAGUUCCGGUCGAGGCGCGCCGGCGGCGACGUCAAGAAGAACGGCGGCCCCGAUCCGUUCAGCUACGUGCCCAUUGGGCAGGCGGCGCAGCGCAAGGGCCAGAAGGGCCAGCGCGUGUCGCUUACCAACAAGAAGAAGGGCUCGCGGGCAUAGUUAUGUUUUGUGGUCUUGUUAGAUAUCCGCAUGUGCAUUAUUUCUGUACGCGGGGUGCGGCGGGGCAGGCGCCGGCGGGCGACGAUGUGCGACGCGACGGAAGGGCAUGCCCUGUGCUGGAGCCAAC